AUGGCGUUUGCCCAACAAGCUUCUAGGCUAAUAGUUCCACUCGCGGUGGCAGCUGUUGGCAUUAGGGCAAGUAUCUACGAUGUACCGGGUGGAUAUCGGGCUGUUAUGUUCGACAGGUUCUCGGGUGUCAAGGACGUCGCUUCUGGAGAGGGAACACAUUUUCUAGUACCUUGGCUGCAACGUGCAAUUUUAUACGACUGCCGCAUCAAACCUAGGAACAUUUCCACUACAACUGGUUCAAAGGAUCUACAAAUGGUUUCCAUAACUCUCCGUGUGUUAUCACGCCCGGACGUCGAACACCUCUCGAAAAUCUACCAAGGUCUUGGGUUGGACUACGACGAGAGGGUUCUUCCUUCUAUUGGCAAUGAAGUGCUGAAAAGUAUCGUUGCACAAUUUGAUGCCGCAGAGCUGAUUACCCAGCGAGAAGUGGUAUCAUCCAGAAUCCGUGCGGACUUAUUACAACGAGCGGGAGAAUUCAACAUCAAGCUCGAAGAUGUUUCUAUAACACAUCUCACUUUUGGAAAGGAAUUCACACAAGCCGUAGAAGCCAAGCAGAUAGCUCAACAAGACGCGGAACGAGCUAAAUUCAUUGUUGAAAAGGCAGAACAAGAACGUCAGGCUGCGGUCAUUCGGGCUGAAGGUGAAGCUGAAGCGGCGAAAACAAUAUCUCAAGCACUGGAACGAGCUGGGGAGGCCUUCAUCGCCUUACGAAAAAUUGAAGCUAGCAAGGCUAUCGCCCAGUCACUCUCUACGAAUCCCAAUGUGACUUAUGUUCCUAGUGGAGGUAGUAAUCUUCUCCUACAAGUACCCAAUAAGUAG